AUGGGGUGGGAUGCUAUUCAUGUUGGGGCUGCGGCGAAGGAGGUUCAUGGGGAGCUGGUGGAGCAGUUGAAGAGUCCUGGACGGUGAGUUUGUUGUUUUAAGUUUAUGGGGGUUCGUUGUGGUUUUGUUUCCAAACUUUUGAAGGGGGAGUUCAAGGAAACAAGUGUGGUGAGUUUCAGGAAUUCUUGCUAAUGAAGUGAAUAUAGGAUUUUCAUACCAGUCGAGGAGCAGAGUACGGGAUACCAAUACAUUUGGGUGAUUGAUAAGAAUAAGGAAGGGGUGGUUAGCAAAGAGAAAUUAAUGGGCGUCAAUUAUGUGCCCUUGACAGACGCUUACAAGGACUGAGAGUUGAGUAUCUGGGAGGUUAUGGAGGAGUUCAGCGAAAGAUCGGUAAUGGAAAUUGCAUGAAGUUUCGGUGCUUUAGCGAUAGGCGUUUAGGGGGAAAAUGGCGUAGGGGAGUUUCUUUCUCUCCGCAUCAUUUGUGUUGAUAGCUUGCAUCAGAUGGGGUUUGAAAGUACAAUCAGUACAAUCAGUACAUUACAGUGUUGCACUUUGCACGUUCACCCCUUUUAUCAAA